GCAGCCAGCAAUUGCAGCCUUACAGCAAGACAAUUAACGCAGCAAUCAUGCCGUUCAUCCAGCAUGCAUGCAGCGCCCUCUAAACCCUCGUACUUGCAAAAUUUGCUGCACCAACGCGUGCCACACUGAUGCUGCCAUACGACUGCAGAUCUGCGAGCGGUGCCGAGCGAUGAUUCGCUUGAGUUCGCACACACACGCAUGCGCACCUAUGCGAUCCUAUCUAUAUAACAUCAUCAUUUGUAGGAUCACCUGGCUACCCAAGGCUUGCCGCAACGCCGCAGUAAGGCAGCAAGUCGCAGAGGCCGUGAUCAAAGCCAUCUGCGGCGUGACGGCCUCGGAGACGACGCCGGACAAAGUCGUCGUCCGCGCGCGCCGGCGCACAUAACACGCCAUCGACGCGAUUCACGACGCGAAACGCAGGCUUCGGCGAGAGCACGGACGCGUUCCCGCUGCCGAAGGGCUACUCCCUGAAUCCGGACUUGCAGGCCCACCCCCACGCGUCGAGCGAGAUUGGGAUUGGAUCCGAGGACCCCAUGAAGGGGCCCCAAAAGUAA